AUGAGGAAGAGGCACCUCUCCCAUUUUGAGCUGCCCAACAACAAGUGGAACUUAGUAGACGACAGCCUGCUGUACCGAAUCGUCAAAGACGCGGAAGAGAAAGUUUACAAGAAGGUUUUCUCAUUCGACCUGGACAACACCCUAAUCCUGUCACGCUCCUUCUUCAAGCCAGCGCAAAACGAGCACGACUAUAUUUUCUACGCAGACGUAAUCGAUUUUUUAAAAAAAAAGAAAACAGAAAAUUACAAAAUCAUUAUUUUCUCCAACCAAAAGGGAGUAAGCACUGGGAAAAUAAGCCUUCUAAAUUUAGUCAACCGAGUCGAUGACGUCAUCGACAAAUUAGGCAUCCCCUUGGAGUGCUACUUGGCACUAAAAAAUGACAAGUACAGGAAGCCACGAAUUGGCAUGUACAACUUUGCCAUGCAAAAUAAUAAAGCCAAAAUUGACGAAAUCAUUUAUGUAGGGGAUAAUGCCAAUCGAAUUUAUGACGAGAAUUUCAAGACAAAAUUUAUUAAUCACCUCAAAUGUGUGUAUUCUCAAAAUAAGGUGAACAUCAACAUAGGCGAGAUUGCCAAGAGGUUGAAAAAGGACUACACAGAUACCGAUUUGAAGUUUGCCCUGAAUAUAAAUGCCACAUUUUACACCCCCGAGGAGCUCUUCCUGAACAUAAAAAAUAAUCUGUCAGCAGAGUUUUCCUUCAACCCGUCUAGCUUGCUCAAAAAUGUAGAUAACAGACCAAAUGAACCGGACGCUCAUAGUGACUUUCGCCGCUUGAUUCGACCGGAUCUGCAGCUGCGGAGGGAACGAAAUGAAGCCGUCGCGCCACAGAAUGAAGCCUCCCAUGCAGAAAAUGAUCUGCAACACUCGCCGCCGCCGGGUGAACAAUAUUUGGUGCUGCUAGUUGGCCCCCCAGGGUGCGGAAAAACCUCCGUCUGCAAAAACUACUUCGCAGAUUUUGUUAACAUAAAUUUAGAGGAACUGAAAACAAAAAAUAAACGCAUAGAUAUGAUCAGACAAACCAUUAUAACCGGGAAAAAUGUCGUAAUGGACAACGCAAAUAUGUACGUAAAAAACAGGCUAAUUUACAUCGCCAAGGCGAAAGAAAUAAAUGCCAACUUAAAGGUUAGCGCCAUUUUCUUUCAUUACUCCAAAGAGCUGGUUUUUCACUUAAACAACUUCAAACUGAUUACUGAUGAGGAAAAUCUAAUGCACGAAGUUCCUACAAUUGCCAUUCACUCCUUUUAUAAAUAUGUGGAAGUGCCCUCCGAAAGUGAAAACUUGGACCGAGUCGUAACUCUACAUGAUGAGCACUUUGUGCCAUCCGAUUUGCAGAACGAGGAGCGCCGAAAGUUAUUUUUUUCGUACUUGUCCUAA